AUGUCGCUAGAGCAGGAGAUACACAAAGUCACUGGCGUACCUGUCGAGGCGUUGAGAGGUCACAGCCUCACCAAAUUUAGUAUCGAGGAGCGAAUGAGCUGGUCUGCAAAGCGCACGACCACGAUCAAGGAAGACAAAGUGUAUUGUUUGCUCGGCAUCUUUGGAGUAUUUCUGGCGCUCAUUUAUGGAGAGGGAGAGGAGUAUGCAGCUUUGCGACUCAAAGAAGAGAUACAAAAACGGCAACAAACGAGCAAGAAGGCGGAUUUGCAAGACACCUCCGCCGUACUGUCACUACCUUUUCCACGAAACGAGCGCUUCGCCGGACGAGAGAGUGAGCUUCAGUCGAUAAGACAAGCACUGAUUUCGCCUGACACCCACCAAUGGCUGACAAUAUAUGGACUUGGGGGAUGUGGGAAAUCAGCGCUUGCUCUCGAGUUUGCGUAUCGCGCAUUUGCGGAUCAAGCUAGUCGCCUAGUUUUCUGGGUGCCAGCUAUAAGUCAGGAAAGUUUUGAGCUUGCCUAUCGAGACAUUGGAACUCAGCUUCGCAUUCCAGGAAUCGAUGAUGCCAAUGCAGAUUUCAAGCGACUUGUCAGUGAUGAACUAAGUUCCGGAAAACUGGGCAAUUGGCUGAUGAUAGUCGACAAUGCGGAUGACUCGGAAGUCUUGUUGGGAAUUGGCAAAAAGGCAACCACACCAGCUCGAUUAAUCGACUAUGUUCCCCGUGGUACAGGAGGAUCUGUGCUUCUCACUACUCGCAAUAGAAAGGCAGCAACAGACCUGGCCCCAAAUAACGUCCUCGAGUUGAACGACAUGGAAAAGGUUGAAGCCAAGCAGCUUUUUGUCCGCCGAAUAAACAACCAAGCCUUGCUGAAUGAUGAGACAACUGUUGAUGCCCUUGUAGAGACUCUUACAGGCCUGCCACUGGCUAUCGUGCAAACAGCUGCUUUUAUCAACCAGAACGAAAUGCCAGUCUCUGAAUACGCAUCACUGCUUCAUGAUGCCGGCACCAAGGUCGAGCUCUUCAGCGAGCAAUUUGAAGACCCUACUAGGUCGCUAUUACCGCCGGGAGAAUCCGCUGUGCGGCAGACAAAAGCAAUUGGAACACUGACUGGAUACGCGUUUAUCACAGAGCGACGACAGAAUGUGCCAGAAUCUAGUACGGAGAAGCUUUUCGAUAUGCAUCGACUAGUACAUAUGGCGUUGAUAUGGUGGCUCGAGGGACACGGCAAGCGGGAGGAGUGGGCAGGCAUAGCAGCAGCCCGAGCUCAGGAACUUGUGCCAUAUGGCGAUCACGGAAGCAAAGAAACAUUGAGCAUGUACCUUCCACAUGCAACGUACUUGGCUGAGCUCGUUGACCUCGUAGACGACUCAAUAAGAGCUUCACUGCUAACACGAAUCGGCCAGUAUCAAGAAACCCUGGGGCUUUAUAGAUUGGCAGCGGCAGCACAACGAACAGCAUUAUCGCUGAGAAAAAAAGUGCUAUGGCCUGAGCAUCUAAAGACCUUGUAUACUAUGAGCUGCUUGGCGUCUGCCCUGAAUGGGUGGGGGAAAUACGAUGAGGUCGAAGCGAUCCGUAGGGAAGAGCUAGCGAUACGUGAAAAGGUGCAAGGGCCUGGUAAUGAAGAUACACUAGGAACUAUGGGCGAAUUGUCGUUAGUGCUGUAUGAUCAAGGCAAAUUUGACCAAGCUGAGGCGUUGAGCCAACAGACACUAGUGCAGUGCAAGAAGGUGCUAGGGCCUGAGCAUCCAAAUACACUGGCAGCCAUGAACAACUUGGCUUUGGUACUAGACAGACAAGGGAAACGCGAAGAGGCGGAGAUAUUACACAACCAAGGCAAGCAUCCAGAAUUUGGCCUCGAUGCUGUCUCGCAAGAAUCGACACACAGAGGCCGAAGCAAUGUACCAGAAAACUCCAUGAACAACAUGGCAGAAGUCCUCAAAGGACAGGGAAGAUACACCGAAGCCGAGACAAUGCACCGACAGACGUUUGAGCGACGAGAGAAUCUGCUAGGACCCGAGAAUCCAGACACGCUGGAUAGCAUGUAUAACCUAGCUGUUGUAUUGUAUCACCAGGGCAGAUAUACUGAGGCCGAAGUAAUGUACCGGCAGACGCUUGAGGGGCGAGAGAACGUACUGGGACCCGAUCAUCCGCACACAUUGACGAACCUCUCCGACCUUGCGCAGUGUCUCAUGGAACAGAGCAAAUACGCUGAAGCAGAAAAGAUGAAUCGGCAGGUGCUUGAGCGGCGAAAGAAUCUGCUGGGACCCGUGCAUGUAGACACGCUGACCAGCGUGUCCAACCUUGCGAUUUGUCUCAGGAAACAGGGGCUUAUGUCAGAAGCUUUGCCCGUGUUGCGCAGGGCAUUGACUGGAUAUACUGCGGUGCUGGGGAAAGCCCACCCAGAUACCGUGUCUUGUCGUAAGGAUUACAAUAAUCUUCUUGAGUUACAAGGGGGAGAAAGGAUCGAGGAGGGUGGACAGAGGCGUGACUGA